AUGGGGAUUGAAACCCCGAAGCCAAAACCACAGAAACUGAACUUUGCUCCAACAUCUUGUCUGGCACUGACCCCAGGAACUGAGGCUGUCAGGCUGGGGGCUGCUGGGGGCUGGGCCAGGGCCGGAUCCUCUCAGAACCCAGCACCACCCAGCAAGGGGUUGGCAGAGUGGGAGCGGGCACCAGGACUUAGACACCCCGUCCCUGCCCAUCACCCCAACAGCAGCUACUGGUCCCACCGGGUGUCUGCCCUGCGUCCCUCCUCCAAAGCCAGCCGGGACUCUUGUCUUCCAUACCCCCAAAGCACCGCCGGGGCUGCCCCAGCAGCCCCUGCAGAAACCAGCAGCUCUGGAGGCCUUGGUCCCAGGAGGACGCAGAAACCUUGGGGUCGUGGGAGGGAAGGGAGUGUCUGCUUUGCUCUCGAGGGAGCCCCCAGUGACUGCAGCAGGAUGGGUGGGCGGCCCUCGAGCCCCCUGGACAAGCGGCGGCAACAGCACCUGAGAGGCCAGGUGGACACCAUGCUGAGGGACUUCCUGCCCUGCUACCGCGAGCAGCUGGCGGCCUCUGUCCUGCGACAGAUCUCCCGUGAGCUGGGGCCCCAGGAGCCCGCCGGAUGCCAGCUGAUGCGCAGUAAAAAGCUUCCCCGAGUCCGUGAGCACCAAGGGCCUCUGACCCAGCUGUGGGGCCACCCGCCUCGGUGGCAGCCGAUCUUCUGUGUCCUGCGGGGGGAUGGCCGCCUGGAGUGGUUCAGCCAUAGGGAGGAGCUGCCUGAGUUCGAAGGGGAGGUCCUCGCCGUGGGUAGCCCGGCCCUGACCAUCGAGGGUAUCUAUGAAGACGUUGUCCGGGGGGUCCUGCUGCAGAAGAUUGAUGGAGAACUGAAAAAGGCCCUUGGUGGCAGCGACAUGUCCUGCGCUCUGGAUGGCUGCUUGGAGGCCCCAUGGGACCCGACAGGAGCAGACCUUUCGGAUUUAUUUGCUCCAAAUCUUAACUUGGUAUCUAGUUUCUCAGCUGAGAGUGAAGCACUGAUUGACUUCCUCUGCCUGCCAGAGAAGCCAUCUGUGUCCUGGCAGUUGACAGCUUCAUUGUAUCACAAGCCUUACAGCUGCUUCCGGAGCAGGGUGGCCACGGACCACAACUCAGACAAUACGUCGGCUGUGCUGCGCGAAUGGCUGGUAGCUGUGAAGACUUGGUACCACUCUGUGGAGUGGCGGCCGGCGGAGGAGCCCAGGUCCUACCCGGACGAGGAGGGCCCCAAACACUGGUCCGACUCGCGCUACGAGCACGUUAUGAAGUUGCGCCAGGCAGCCCUGAAAUCUGCCCGGGACAUGUGGGCCGAUUACAUCCUGUUUGUGGAUGCAGACAACCUGAUCCUCAACCCUGACACACUGAGCCUCCUCAUCGCCGAGAAUAAGACCGUGGUGGCCCCGAUGCUGGAUUCGCGGGCUGCGUACUCCAACUUCUGGUGUGGGAUGACUUCCCAGGGCUACUACAAACGCACACCUGCCUACAUCCCCAUCCGCAAGCGGGACCGUCAGGGCUGCUUUGCGGUUCCCAUGGUGCACUCGACCUUCCUGAUCGACCUGCGGAAGGCGGCAUCCAGGAACUUGGCAUUCUACCCUCCUCACCCCGACUACACCUGGUCCUUUGACGACAUCAUCGUCUUUGCCUUCUCCUGCAAGCAAGCAGAGGUCCAGAUGUACGUCUGCAACAAGGAGGUAUAUGGCUUCCUGCCAGUGCCGCUGCGGGCGCACAGCAGCCUCCAGGAUGAGGCCGAGAGCUUCAUGCACGUGCAGCUGGAGGUCAUGGUGAAGCACCCACCGGCGGAGCCCUCCAGGUUCAUCUCCGUGCCCACCAGGACGCCUGACAAGAUGGGCUUUGACGAGGUCUUCAUGAUCAACCUGAAGCGACGCCAGGACCGGCGGGACCGCAUGCUGCGGGCGCUGCGGGCGCAGGAGAUCGAGUGCCGGCUCGUGGAGGCCGUGGACGGCAAAGCCAUGAACACCAGCCAGGUGGAGGCGCUGGGCAUCCAGAUGCUGCCCGGCUACCGGGACCCCUACCACGGGCGGCCCCUCACCAAGGGCGAGCUGGGCUGCUUCCUCAGCCACUAUAAUAUCUGGAAGGAGGUGGUGGACCGCGGGCUGCAGAAGUCGCUUGUGUUCGAGGACGACCUGCGCUUUGAGAUCUUCUUCAAGAGACGCCUGCUGAACCUCAUGCGGGACGUGGAACGGGAGGGUCUGGACUGGGACCUCAUCUACGUGGGCCGGAAGAGGAUGCAGGUGGAGCGGCCGGAGAAGGCUGUGCCCCGUGUGAGGAACCUGGUGGAGGCCGAUUACUCCUACUGGACCCUGGCCUACGUGAUCUCCCUGCAAGGCGCCCGCAAGCUGCUGGCGGCCCAGCCGCUCUCCAAGAUGCUGCCUGUCGACGAGUUCCUGCCCGUCAUGUUUGACAAGCACCCAGUGUGA